AUGGACGGUUUCAUUCUAAACAUAUCGGACUCGUCAGACGAAAACGACACUCCAGAGCGGUCCAACUUUUCCGGAACGGCGGAAGCGAAAAACACCAGCAUCUCAAUGAACUCUCGGACAGCAAGUAGCAAAGUGAAUAAAAAAAGUAGUGAUCCUGGAGAGAACAGUCUAGCUACCGAUGAAAAUAGUAAAGAUAAUGAAAGCAACGAGAGUGACCUGAACGGGACGAAGAAAGGACGUGCGAAACGCAACCAACGGAACAGGUUGUUCGACGAGAACUCCAAAUUUCUGGCCGAUUUUGAUCCGGGCAAGUCACAGAGGGAAAAGCGCAAGCUGGAGCGCAACAUACGUGCAGCAACGAAGCCAAUCGGUCUGUACAAUGAGAAGGGUGUGCUGCGCAGCAAUGGGGUGGAUUUGUGCGAUUGCCUAGACCGCAAGUGUCCAGGUUGCUUUUUGGCUUGCUCAGACUGUGGCAGUGGCAAGUGUGGCAAUGUGUGCCGGAAGUAUCGCAAGUGGAUGUACGAGCGACUGGAGGUGGACGCAAAAGAUGCGCCGAGGCAAAAUCCGUUCAAAAACUAA